GUUAUCGUCGAAACAAAAUUAUAAAUCGUAUAUGGAUCGUGAUCGCUGGGUUAAGAACGCCCGACGUCUCCGCCCGGUCUCGAGCAAUUCCACGGUUGUUAGCCCACUCUGAUGGUUCCUUUGCUCGCCGCCGAUCCUGAGCAUCCGAUUAUCUAUGUGUGCGUCGCCCAUGGUACCACCGUCCUCGCUGAGCUCUCUCGCUGCGCCGCCGAUGCACCCCUCGACGGCGACGAGAACCACCAUCUGCCUUCGCAGCUCGCGGACCAGUGCCUCGCCUUCGCGCCCCGCUUCCACCGCCAAUACUCCCACACUGCCGGCGGGCGGAUCUAUGCAUUCCUCAUGGCCGACCCUCUCGUAUUCUUCGCCAUCGCCGACGACGACAAGCCCCUCGCCCCCCUCCUUCUCCUCGAGCGCCUCCGCGACUCAUUCUCCUCCUCUUCGGUCCUCCAUCGCCGCUGCUCCUCCUUAUCCGAACCCCUCCCACGGCUUUUCCUCCAGGAGGACUUCCUCCCGGAGCUCCGCCGCAUGGUUUUAUCCCUCGGCUCCUGGACAGAGGAGCCUCCCCCAUCGACCGCCAUCCCUAAUCCCGUUACCAAUGUUCCUCUUCCAUCGCACUCAGACGAGGAUCAGAAUCAAAAGAAGAAGAACAGUAAGAUGGCGAUUUCAGUCGUCGAUCGCGACAUUGACGAUUCCGACCCUGGAAAUGGUGAUUCGAACUCGGCUCCCAAACUCUGGAGCCAGUAUGUUCGGAAAAUCAUUCUCAUCGAUCUCCUGCUCUGCUCCCUUCUCCUUGUAGCUUGGAUAUUGGUUUGCCGGGGCUUCCAAUGCAUCAGCCAUUGA